GACGACGAUAUCAGUGAUGAUGAUGAUGAUGAUAAUAAUGGUGCGGUUACUACGAUUGAGUCGACAGCAGCCGAUGUUAUCGUGACCGGAUUAGUAGGCUUCGCGGACUUUGGUGGAAUGCGUGAAAUUCACCCUUAACGAGAAGAAGAAGCGCUUCGGAAGCAGACAGAAACCGAGUGCACGUUGUCGUGACGACGCCGGCGACGUUCCCGAAAUAGAUAUAGAUACACAUAAAUAUAUACAUGUGGCGUGUGACGUUUGCCCACUUGUGCGGUUUUGAAAAAAAAACAAGUUUAUAGCUUCGUCGUGUGGGUCGUUCAUGUCAAUAUUUGAUGGCUUCAUCAUUCGAACUUAGUUUACAAUUGUAAUUCGGUGUUGUUUUGAAACUUUGUUCGCCGGCAAUUGUGUGUAACCGGUGCGAGGAAGACGCUUCCAAUAAGCAGAAGACCUAUUGUUGUUGAUCUAAGGCGUCAUUUUCCAGAGUGGCAGGAGAAUGUAAACAAGUGAGAGUGAUUUGUGAAGAUGUUAGCGAGUGUCAUGUGAUCAAUCUACAUUGUUGAUAAUCGUACAAUCUGCUCCAUUGCUCUAGUCAAUCGACGCUGGAAAUCGCUUCCAACAACUCAAGAACCAGAUAAUAUCCCUCAUCGGAAAAUGUGUACCUAACCUACAAAUGAAAAAUCACAGUGAACAAAUGCAGAACGCAACAUAUCGCCGUAGGGAAAUACAAGCAAUAGAAUACUAAAAAAUAGUGCAAUCAAGUGCUAAACACCGUAGAGGAUAAGUUCAGUACACCUAGCCACAAAAUGACGCACGGUCCACCGGCAUCGCGCAAACGGCCGGAAAACGGCACGGCGCCGGCCAGCAACACUGCUGCUGACCUGGAAAGCAACCACAUGGCCACAGACAACGGCCUACCGACUCCACCGGACGGUGGCUGGGGCUGGAUGGUAGUUCUGGCCUCCUUCUGCAUACACAUCGUCACGGAUGGCAUGACGUACUCUUUCGGCAUCUUCUACGUCGAGUUCCUGGAAUACUUCAAGGAGGGCAAAGGCUACACGGCAUGGAUUGCUUCGAUUCUGGUUGGCGUGACACUUUGCUCCGGUCCUAUAUCGUCGUCCCUGGUGAACCGAUUUGGCUGUAGGGCGGUCACCAUCGCUGGUUCGGUGCUGGCUUCCAUCUGCCUGGCCAUCAGCGUAUACGCCACCAGUGUGUUCAUGUUGUUCGUCACCAUCGGGCUCGGCACCGGGAUGGGGCUUGGACUGAUCUACCUACCGGCCAUCGUCAGCGUAACGAUGUACUUCGAAAGACUGAGAUCCCUGGCUACCGGUAUUGCCGUGUGCGGUUCCGGUUUGGGAACGUUCAUCUUCGCACCCGUGACGGACAUUCUGAUCAAAAGUCUGGGCUGGCAGGGAGCGCUACUGGUCAUGGCCGGGAUCGUCUUGGGCUGCUGUCUGUUUGGAGCCAUGUUCCGACCGUUAGUUGCCGAGCCGAGGGAGAUCGAGAUGAUGGCCAAGAGCGAGAUGCAACAUUCCAUUGCAGAAUCGAACGGUAAGCUAUAUGGGAACGCGGGCGACGAGGAUCAGAACAUCGUACGAUCGCAUAGCUUCGGAAACUCGCCGAAAAUAGCACUGAACUCGAACGGUCACUCUGCAAGCGGUCACAGCCUGCACAUUAAGCCGACCCAUGGUGAGGACAGUAUUCGCCUGGCAUUGAGUCAACCACUUCUGGCGCAACAACCUCCAACCUACGAUCAAGCUCACCCAGCUACCAUAGGAUCUACCACGAUUCGGCGAGCGGGAAGUGGUACCAUGUACCGCAAGGAUGCCCUAUAUACCGGUUCGUUGCACAACAUGUCCUCCCGGCACGCUUCCCACGCUAGUCUAGCUAUGCACGAGAAGGGAGGCUAUGGCUCUCUGCAAGGAAACAGUAAUGCCCUCGACGCAGACGAACAGGCCGUCUGCUGUGGAUGCAUUCCCUGCUCCAAGGAAACCUCCGAUACCUUCCGGGAGAUGAUGAACUUCUCGAUCCUCAAGGAUCCAAUCUUCAUCGUUUUCACCGCGUCCAACUUCCUGACGAGCAUCGGCUUCAACGUUCCGUACGUCUAUCUGGCGGCACAAGCCAGCGUUCUGCAGAUCGAUACCAAACAGGCCAGCUACCUGCUCGGAAUCAUCGGUAUCGCCAAUACUGUUGGCCGUAUCAUCCUCGGCUACCUGUCCGAUAAGCCGUGGGUCAACCGACUACUGGUCUACAACCUAAUGCUCACCAUCUGUGGUAUUGCAACUGCCUCCUCCGUAUUGUGCCUCGACUUCUACAGCCUUGCGAUCUACUCCGCAAUUUUCGGUUUCACAAUCGGUGCCUAUGUCGGUCUGACCUCGGUCAUCCUGGUGGAUCUGCUCGGUCUGGACAAACUUACGAACGCCUUUGGAUUGCUGCUGCUAUUCCAGGGUAUCGCCUCCUUCAUCGGACCUCCGAUGGCCGGUUGGCUGUACGACAUCACCCUCUCGUACAGUCCGGGCUUCAUCCUCGCCGGCUCGACGAUUGCCGCCUCCGGUGUUAUGCUGUUUGCGAUUCCACCAAUGCAGCGACACCUAGCGCGGAAACAAGCAUCCGCCAUGGUGGUGACGAGCGUUGGACAAGCGCAGGAAAGCUGAAGUUGCUCAAGCCGCCCAGCUCGGGAACUGCGCCACAGGAUAGCACUGACAGAAGGUUAUCAAACUUUGACGUUUUUGCUUUAUGUUUUUUUGUAGGACACAAACAGGGACUGAAGAUGACCAA